ACAAAUGUUUCACAGCAGCAUGUCCAUGGAUGAAAACUGAUAAUGGGCCUGCAAUUUAUGACCCAAUAAACAAUCAAACCGGCCCAAUGUAUUAGAACACGUGGUGAAUAUGUGUUUAGGUGAGAACGGGAUUUGGAUAUACACACUGUCACUCACUAUACUGCUCCAUCGAAUUACCUCCAGAAGCGAAGACGACAAACAAGACAUGGCAGAUGUUGUUGUGCUAUCUAAGACCAUAGUUCGACCCGACGGAUCGGAUUCGGAUCGGGUUAAGAUCCAUCUAACUCCAUGGGAUCUCUUCUUCCUUCGAUCAGAAUACCCACAAAGAGGUCUUCUCUUUCCAAAACCCGACCCGGAAACCGAUAUAAUCUCACAACUCAAAUCAUCUCUUUCCCUUGCGUUGAAAAUCUUCUACCCAUUCGCCGGCCGACUAGUCAAGACCGAGCAUGAUAAAGCGGCGUCCUUUCUCGUAGAUUGCGAUGGUUCAGGUGUGAAAUUCAUCCACGCUUCAGCUAAAACCGUCUCUGUAAGUGACGUUCUAGAACCGGUCAACGGCAUCGUCCCCGAGUUCUUGCCUCGUUUCUUUCCGGCGAACGGAGUGAAGAGCUGCGAAGGGACCUCUGAGUCGCUGAUCGCGUUCCAAGUAACGGAGUUAAGAGACGGAGUCUUCAUCGCGUUCGGCUAUAACCACAUGGUCGCAGACGGAUCUUCCUUCUGGAGCUUCUUCAACACUUGGUCGGAGAUUUGCUCCACCGGAGUUGACCGGAAUAAAAAGUUCCCGCCUUUGCUUCUCCGCGGGUGGUUCCUCGACGGGAUCGAUCACCCGAUUCGAAUCCCGAUCUCGGAGACGGUAUCGCCGUCUUCUCCGGUCGCUUCUUCAUCGUUGCUACAAGAGAAGCUCUUUCGAUUCACGAGAAGAAACAUCUCCGAGCUCAAAUCGAAAGCAAACGGAGAAGUUAGCUCCGAUGAUCGGAAAAUCUCGUCGCUUCAAGCGAUCGCAGCGCAUAUGUGGCGAUCGAUUAUCAAAAACAGUGAUCUGAAUCCGGAGGAAGUGGUUUACUGCAAGUUACUGAUGGAUAUGAGACGGAGACUAAACCCUCCGCUUGAUAAAGAGUGUUUUGGAAACGUCGUCGGAUUUGCGACAGCGACGACAACAGCUGGAGAAAUGGUUAGUAAUGGGCUGGGCUGGGCCGCGUUGCAGAUAAACAAAACUGUUGGGUCGCAGACGGACGAAGGAUUCAGAAUGUUCGCUGGGAAUUGGGUGAAGGAACCGAAGAUACCGAAUCAUGUGGCUGUGAGUAAUUCUGUGAUUGUUGCUAGCUCUCCUUGGUUCAAUGUGUAUGGUAAUGAUUUCGGUUGGGGUAAACCGAUUGCGGUUCGAGCUGGACCGGGUAAUACCAGCGAUGGAAAGCUCAUUGUUUAUCCUGGGAUUGAAGAAGGAAACAUCGAGAUUCAGACUUGUUUAUCUUCUCACGUCUUGAAGAAAAUAUCGGCUGAUGCUGAGUUUUUAGAGCAUGCAUGUGUUGUAUAAGUAACAUAAUGGAAAUGAAAUGUAAAUUUGUCUAUGUUCUUUGAAUAAAGGGGUGAACUUUAAUAUGUUUGUUUGGAUUA